UCGACGCGAAUAGCACGCUUGCUCUUUGCCAUUUGAUUAUGUUAUACAGUCGCGUUUGGUGACUCGUAAACAAGGUUCCAAAUUAAUAAUACAACAAAAAUUUUAUAUUUAUUCUUAGUGUUUUUAUUUAAUAUAAGGGACUGAUUAUUAUACCAUGUGUUAGCUAUUAAAAUGGAGAUUAGGGAAAGACUUAUUGGUGAAAAUUGUGACUUAUUUGUUUAAUCACUAGUGGUUGGAAAUCUUGCACAACAAUAUUAUGUAAAACAGUUUGUUAUUGAAAAUUAUAACAAUGAAGUGUCUAACUCUGAUAACUUUUUGUGCAAUAGCAUCAGCACAUAAGAUAACUCAGCUUAAAGUACCUCUGUACGCCGACUCUCGGCGAGCAGCAGAAUUGAGCUGUCACUUUGAAAUGGAUGAUCAGAAGUUGCACUCCGUCAAAUGGUAUAGAGACAUGCAUGAGAUCUUCCGAUACAAUCCCUCACAAAAGCCCCCAAUUCGUCUCUACAACGUCACGGGUAUCAUGGUACAAGGAGGUGAAUGUCAAACUGAUUCGUGUACGGUGAGGGUGAUGCCACCCCCUGUCGCCACAAGAGCCGCGUAUAGUUGCGAAGUGUCAACAGAAGGACCUAAGUUUCAGAUAGCAAGACAAACCAAACAUAUGACGGUUGGAGCAAUGCCGGAUAAGGAUCCGGUUAUAGUGGGAGCAGCUAAAUUAGUGAAGCCCGGAGAGCAAAUACUUCUGAACUGCACUUCUGAUUACUCGCUUCCCCCGUCUGACAUCAAUUGGUACAUCGAUAACGAGCUUGCUAGGACAGAACCAUGGCAGAGAACAGAAUUAAGCGCACCUCAACCUGGAGGACUUCGCGCCUCGUGGCGUAUACUUCGUGUACCGGUGCCAGCUUCAGCUAGCGGUGCCCUACGAGUGCGAUGUGAAGCAAUACUCUUAGUGGAGCCGCCAGUAGUCAGAGAUACUACAGCAAUAAUUACGGUGUAUUCGCGUACACAGCUAUCUAAAUAUGUUUCCAAUAUAGGUACUCACAUCGAAUAUAAUAAGAUAGUUAUUUUAAUUGCUUUGAUCAUGAAUUUUAAGAAAAUUUCAAACUUUCAGAGCUUAUGAGGCUUGGUUUGAAGAACUUUUACAGUGAUAUUAGUAUAAGUGUAGAUAAAUGGUAGCCAUUGAAACAUUUUAAUAGUCAAAGAGCAGAAAUUGGUUGAAAUUAAAGUGAGAUCUAUCAGCUCUUAUACUAUUAUUGUCACAAAUCAUUAUAUCAUUUGUGACCUAAAAAUAUAUGAAUUAAAUUCAACAUUGUAGAAAAAUAUUAGGUCAAGAUAUAUAUAGUCCAUGCGAAAUUAUUAUUUUUUGUACAUUACAAAAUUUUUAAUUAACGGUAAAAAUUAAUACGUAAAGUGUCAAAAUAGUUAGAAAAACUCUAUGAUGAACAUUUAAAAUGUAGAAGUUAUUCAUUUAAAUAAUUCUCAUUAAACCAUUUCACAUUCCUUGUUUUAUGCAUUACUUCUUCUAUAUGAAUAUCAAAUAAUCAUAUAUAGUUUCACUUAAAAACAUUAUCAUCAAGUAUUACGGAAUUUCAUGUGCUGUCUGUUGUUUUUAUAUAAAUAUUUGUUGUUCAUUCUCUGAGUUGCAUUCCGUGAGCAAAACGAAAAUUGCUCUUUCAGGGAUUUUCAAAAGGUUAUCAACUUACAGGCCCUGUUUGUUUUUUUGCAUCCUUACAGGCGUUAUCCCUAUUAUUUUUGCAGUUUUAUCAGAGAGUUAGGUCAUCAGUGAAAAGAGUUAAAUGGAUUGAAGUUUUCUAUAAUUAAUGAAAUAACGUAAGAUAAUAGAGCCUAAGGGACUCCAUGGAGGGUGCAAGGAGUUCACAAUUUGCGAAUGUAGAAAUUCGAUAACUAGUCAAUGUUUACGAAUGUAUUUGACACUUAAAAUUUUAACAGCCUAUAAAUUAAGGCACUUUGCCAAAACUUUACUGAGUGCUUUUGGCACGUCAAAAAAAGGUGUUCAUCUUAUGGGAGCGUUUAUGGUUGAGUCCUUUGAUAAUAUGCUUUGACUGGACAGUUUUGGCUCUGAACCUGAAAUGUUUUCAGAGGAUGAUUUGUAUUCUAUCAAAGUCCGCAUUAGUCUGCUCAAGACAACGCUUUUGUACAUUUUACGGAUUUUACGUUUUACAGGUUGAUAACGUAUACGGUUUAAACGGUUUUUGUGUUUACUUUUAUAUAUUACUGAUAAAACAAUUGUUUACAUCAAAUGGAACUUAUUAAAAACAUAACUUUUUGUUUCCUUGUCACUUAUUCCGUCAACAUAAUCUUCUACAUAACUUCAUUUAAAGAAUGUGAGUUACGAAAAAACGGAUAUGAAAAUACUAAACCUUACAGGAAGUCUUUUUUCUUUUUUGAAGGAAUGCACUGGUGGUCCACUUGUUUUGCGGAAUUUGUAUAAUGUUUGGACAUUUCUAAUAAUCAACCAUUCCUUAUGUAUAUAAUGUGAAUUAAGAACGAAAUAACUAAUAACAUUUUCUUUACCAUUAUUUAAAAAAUAUAAAAAGUUUAUAGGAUAACAGAACAAAUAAUAAAUUCAAAUGAUAAAUCUUACUCUACCCUCUACAUUUUGAUAUUUAAACUCGUCCAACUGUCGUCAUAACAGUCUAUCAUGUGAUGCAUAUUCAUAGCUGUAUGAAAUAAGGUCAUACUAUAUGAAAUAAAAUACUAGAAAAGUAUGGCACAUGCUCAGUUUUAUUUUUAAUAUCGUUCCUAUAUAUCUUCGAUAUUGUAUAUUUAUUGUACUAGUCGUCGACUUCAAUGUUAAGCUUACCUUAUUAAAUAUGAGUGCGAGCAUUUCGAUGUUUUCUUUCGCAUAUUUAAUGAAUAAUUUUAUUUAGUUUUUUGUAAUUUGUACACAUUUUCAGCUUUUUGAUAAUAGUUUAAUAAUAUGUAUAAUAUAGGUGUUAAUCUAUGGCUGUGUUUCACUUAAGGUAAUGUCAAUUCUUUGCACGAAAACAUCUUUUAUCUUAAAAUGUACAGUUUUCAAAUGAUUGUUUUGUUUUAAUUCUUGUAAAAAUAAAUGGAAUACGUAAAUAAAUUAUGAUACUAAAA